CCCAGAGUCUGUGAACCAUCCGUGUCUUGUGCUCUUUUCUCCCAUAUCCAGAUCCAGGCUCAAGCUCUGCAUUGUGCAACCCAGGGAGACCCCGGAAGCUCUGCUUUGCAUAGAUUGUCAUAAGGCAAAGCAGUACAUCUCAGCUCCAGCAAAAAGUUGGCCUUUUUUCUGUAUAUUAUCAGCUACUGAAGAAGGGAACACUCGUAAGCCACAAAUCAUAAUCACAGUACAAGAUCGCUAUUUAUUCUUCACUCAGUGCUUGAAGCCGUGAAGCUGUGAAGCAAUCCAGAAACUCAAAGACCAAAAGAAGCACUCCAGCAACUCGAAAACCAAAAGGCUAAAGGGCUGCAGCUAGCAGUGCACCUGUUUAACCAGGAAUUUUGGCUCAAGAGACACUUUAAAAAAAGAUGGCUGGUGUAGACGUUGCUGUAGUAUCUGGAAUAUUGAAGAUUGUGGGCAACAAGUUAGCUCCACUAAUAAUAAAAAAGUACAGCUCGAUGGUGGGUGUGAAAAAAGAUCUCCAGGAGCUCCAGGAUCUAGUUGAGGAGAUCAACUAUUGGCUGGAAACAAUAGGAGAUAAAGCUAUGGGGAGUGGACCGUCGUUGAAUUGGCUUAAGCAGUUGAAAGAUGUUUCUUAUGAUGUUGAUGAUGUUGUCGAUGAGUUCCAGCUGAAGACUGAGAAACAUGAUGCUUGUGGUGAUGGUAGUAUUGUGUCCAAAUACUUGUGCACAAAACCAAAAUCAUUAAUAUUUCAAUGCAAUGCGGCCAAAAAGAUCGAGGCAAUCAAAAGGAGAUUUGCUGUAAUUGUGAAGCAAAGAACUGACUUCAGUGCAAUAGCAAAUAGCUUACCAGUUGGUCAUCCUUUUAGUGAUAUGAACGAGACUACUGCGAACAUGCCAUCAUUGCCCAUAGUGGAUGUGGCAUCAGUACUCGGUAGAGAACAAGAAAAACGCCAAAUAAUAUCUAAACUGGUAGAGACUAAUGACCAACAAACAAUCAAGAUCGUUUCCGUCAUCGGGCUUGGUGGCUCUGGAAAAACUACCUUGGCUAAACUGAUUUUCAAUGAUGGUAACAUUAUAGAGAAGCAUUUUGAAGUUAGACUAUGGGUUCAUGUGUCCCAAGAACUCGACGAUGCCAAGCUUGUCGAAAAAAUGUUUGAAGCUAUAGCUGGUGAAAAGUCUGAACGUCGUCCCUUGCAGCAUAUGAGCAAAACAAUAUUAGAUAAGUUGAUCGGGAAAAGAUAUCUACUUGUACUGGAUGAUGUAUGGACGGAGGACCGAAUUCAGUGGGAACAAAUCAUGGUACAUCUGAAGAGCGGUACAUCUGGAAGCAGAAUUUUAAUCACUACUCGCAGUAGAAGAGUUGCAGAGGCAGUGGAAUCUGCUGAUCUACACAACUUGCAAUUCUUAUCUGAGAUUGAUAGCUGGCAAGUGUUUGAGCAAAGCUUUGGAAUGGCUGCAAAAGGUUUGGACUCUGAAUUCCUAGAGGUUGGAAAAGAUAUUGUGAAAAAAUGUGGUGGGGUGCCGCUAGCAAUUAAAGUUCUUGCAGCUGCUCUCCGUAGUAAGGAACGGAUAGAAGAGUGGCAGGCCAUGAGAGACAACAAUUUGUUAGAUGUUAUGGAUGAAGAACGUAAAGUAUUUGCAUGCUUGAGGUUGAGCUAUCUCUAUUUGCCACCUCAUCUGAAGCAGUGCUUAACAAUAUGUUCACUGUUUCCUAAAGGUCACAGGAUUGAUAAAGAACAAUUGAUUGACCAAUGGAUUGCUCAUGAUAUGAUCACUCCGGUGGUUGGUGUUGAUUACUUGGAGUAUACUGGCCACAAGUACUUUAAUUCUCUUGUGCAGGUGUUUUUUUUACAAGAUGUGAAUGAAUAUGAUGGGAGAGUGAUAUGCAGGAUGCAUGAUUUGGUUCAUGAUCUCGCUCAGUCAAUCACGGACAUUUUUGUGCCAGCGGAGGAAACCAGUUCCGCAAAGAGCUACAGAUACUUUUCUUUAACUGAACAGGCAAGAAAUCUUCCAACCAAAAAUCCUUUUAAAAAAGCACGUGCUAUAUAUUUUGGUAAGGGUGGUGGUAGAAUAUUUGGCAACUCAUUGAAGGAUGCAAGACAUUUGCGCAGUAUCACCAUCGAAUCUUUCUUUGAAGCAGAAGUUCCCCCUGCCUUAUUUCAGGUAAAAUAUCUGAAAUAUCUUAAGAUUUCAGAACUGAGAUGUGAAGCACUCCCUGAAGCCAUUUCAGAUAUUUGGAGCCUGCAAGCUCUUCACGUAACAUUUUCUGAUCUUCUCGAGUUGCCUAAAUCCAUUGGUAAGCUGCAGAAGUUAAGAGUUCUGAACCUAUCAUUUUGUUGCGAGCUGAAGUGUUUACCAGAUUCUAUUGGUGAUUGUCAAAUGAUUUCAAACAUUGUUCUUUCGAAUUGCGUGAAGCUUACAGUGUUGCCAAACUCUGUCGGCAAAAAUGAAGAGCUAAGACUGUUAAGACUAGGUCGGACCAAAAUUGAGAGGCUACCAUCAAGUAUCACAGCAGUGAGAAACCUGGAGUGUCUGGACCUUCAUGAAUGUCGUGAGCUGGUAGAGUUGCCUGAAGGCAUCGGCAACUUGGAGAAGCUUCAAGUUUUGAACCUAAAAGGAUGCAAAAAUUUGAGAGGCAUGCCGGUAGGCAUCCGUCAACUCAGUCGACUACAAAAGUUGGGAUUAUUUGUUGUUGGCAAGGGCGAAAAAUUUGCACAAAUCUCAGAGCUUGCAAAUGUAGCUGGGAUCGGCGAGGAACUAACUAUCACAUGUAUUGCACACAUGAUGGACUCGGAUGAUGCACACAAGGCACACCUGAAACUAAAGACAUACAUUCAGAGGCUGGAGUUAAAUUGGUGGAGAAAUGACUGGGAGGAGGUGAAUACUGAAAUGGAGCAGACUAUACUUGAUGGUCUGGAACCACCAUCAGCGAUUAAAGAGCUACACAUUGGUGGGUAUGCAGGUGGACGAUACGCACAGUGGAUGCUAAAGCAAGUUGGUGGUGGAGUGCAGCGAGUUCCUCAAUUCACAUGUUUAACCACGAUGAGGCUAUCAGGUUUCCCAAACUUGAAGCAUUUGGAGGGUCUUGUGGAGUUGCUUUGUUUGGAGGAGUUUGAACUUCGUUCCAUGCAUGCUCUUGAAAGGAUAAGCGGGGGUCUAUUUACUUCGCUGGUGAAGUUAGUUAUGUGGGAUUUGCCUAAUUUGAGAGAGGUGUGGAUGGUAACAGUGAGGACCUUGGGUGACGACGAGGAGGGACAAUUGCAAAUUGGUACUUACUUAUCUGAUCUCAGUAUUGAGGGAUGUUCCAAAUUGAUGGUGAAGCCGUGCUUCCCGUCUUCGCUGGAGCGCUUGUCGUUGAAGAGGAGCAAUGAGCAGCUGAUGGAGUCGCUAGACCAAGGCCAAGGGUCCUCUUCUUCCUCCACUUUUCCAACCUAUAUAAGUUUUAGCCACCUGAAGAAGCUUAAGCUAUCAUCAGCAUCGCCUGGAUUAGGAUCUGAGCAUGGGUGGGAGCUGCUGCGACACAUGACGGCACUUGAGUCGUUGGAGAUUGACUGCGAAGAUGGCCUAACAGAGUUGCCAGAGAGCAUGCGGAGCCUCACGUGCCUCCGAACUCUGUGGAUUAAUGGAUGCUCUAAUCUUUACAUGCUGCCCGAGUGGCUAGGGGAACUCCCGUCUCUGCAAAAGAUAAUUAUCUAUGUCUGCCAAAGCCUGAGCAGCCUUCCCCAGUCAAUGGGCCAACUCCGGUCUUUGCGAGAGGUGAGCAUUGGGGACUGCCGUAGCCUGAGCAGCCUUCCCCAGUCAAUGUGUCACCUCACGUCACUGCAGGAGCUCGAAAUAAGCAACUGCGAAGCACUUGAUCAGUUGCCAGAAUGGCUGGGUGAGCUCCGCUCUCUACGCGUAUUCAGGAUUGGCCGUUUGCCGGGCGUGACUUGCCUUCCCCAGUCCAUGUGCCGCCUCACCUGCCUUGGAAAGCUUCACAUCUUUCACUGCCCUGGCAUCAAAUCCUUGCCGGAGUCGAUAAAAGGCCUCACCGCUCUGCAAUUCUUGAGCAUCUAUGGCUGCCCUGAUCUGAAGAGACGCUGCGAGAGAGGAAUGGGGGAGGACUGGCACCUCAUCUCCCACAUCCCUCAACUUUGGAUUCGAUAAAUGAGGAUGAGGGAGGGGCCUGACCUGGUGGCGCUCCAUCUACAAUCCCGCACCGCCGCGCCUCAUCACAUCCUCCCCACCGCACUGCUGCGCCCCAUCCCAUCCCCACCGCACUCCUGCCAUGGCGUGGACCUCCACUUGCUGCCGGAGAGGGCAAGCCUUCCUUCAUGCACACCGACAACCAAGUUUGUUGUGCGCCGAGGUUAUUUUUUGGCACCGGUUAUAUGAGUCAUAUUGUGAUGUUACUCUUCCUCAGCUUCGCAGAUCAAUUACCUGAACAAGUGUCUGAUACUGUGAUGACAAUUAGUUUGUGAUUUUGCAAAGCUCACCAGAUGAAAUUGACUUACAGUGUGUCGAGAAUUUUCCCCGUAUAGUAAAUCAUAAACUGUUCUGUUAUUAGAUAUAAUGACAAUGGAACCAUAUAUGGCAACUCCUAGCUUGUUUGUAUUUCACUAUCUUAUAUUUCAGUUCACCAACAUGUGGUCUUCUGAAUCUUUUUCUAGGUGCUUGAUAUUAUGAAAUUGUGGUUGUGAAAUAGAUUGUCAUGACAAAAUGCUCAGUUGAAAUUGAUCUGUACAUUUCACAGAAUGAACAUACAUAGAAUGGAAACUAUUUGGCCCUAAUUCGUGGUUUGUGUAUGUAUGUUCACUCUUCAGUUGUGCUCUAGGCAUGUGAAUACACACACGACCUUCUUCUUUUGCUUCCCCGUGCUCUGGCUGGUGGCAACUUGGCAUGUACAUACCUGAAAUCAAUUCAAGUUCACUCCUUAUAGGUAUGCGGUGGGAUUGAUUAGUGCUGAGGAUGUGACGUGAUAAAUAUUCAUCAAGGUACAUGCCCUGCUCGUGCCUCCGGCGCCAUUGGUGUCAAGCACGCAUAACGGCAGCGUCAACUGGUGGGCGGCAAAAAAACAUCUUUAAGGUAGAUCAGGCGGAUUUGUCUUGAUUAAUUUUUACUUGGGGAGGUGCACAGCAAGAUGGAUCAUCUACUUGGUGCUAUUUUGCGAACUACAUUGCUUGGUCAAAUCAUAUACAUGAAUUGCCACGAAUAUCUGUAGUACAGUUGGGCUCAUUCAGUCGUUCCACUACCAGAAGAAAGGCGGACCGAUUAAAAAGGAGGAAAGUAGUAUGUUGGACCUGAUUCAGAUUGAUGACUGACGAGUGCUAUAAGAUAUUAUGGGUUCUGUUCUUUAUUACGCAGUAGCAACUAUGUUGAGAAAUAUCCUUGCUAUUGAUGUAUACGCUGUGAGAAUGCAAGUCAAAAGGUGACUCCCAGCAUCGACAUUUGCAUGAA